UUUACCAAUAAAAUAACACAAUUUUAGAGUUUUCACCAACACAUUGGGUUAAUUUUAAUAAAUAUUAUUUUGUUUAUGUAUAAUGGAAUCGCUAGAUUCCUCAUCGGACUUUUACCUAUUUGAUAGGCUGUUUAACAGGUCCUUCUCAGAAUAUUGGAAGUUAUUCUGGACUGAUUAUGACUUUAGCAAGUAUAAUUCAGUCAGAAAAGAAUUAACUGAAUGCUUAGAUUUCUUACAAACACAUUCACUUCCUCAAUAUUUCCAGCAUGAAUCUGAAUCUCCAAAAGGUGAUAGUACUAAAGAGGAGCCUGAAUUUCAGAAGAAUAUAGAGAGGGAACGACUGAACAAACUUCGAGUUGUUGAAGAACUUCAACAAUCUUUCGAGCUUCUGAGCAUGGGCUGUAUUCACUUUGACCUGAUUUCUAAGAAUGAGCAGUUUGAGGAUGUCCACACUGAGAACAUAAAGUAUCUUAUGCUUCCUUAUUUAACUGCUCACGUAUUAGUUGAGAAACCUGAUAUGCAAAAUCGAUUCUCUAUACUAAAAAAAGUCCAGAUUUAUUUAAUUGAGUUUAUGAACACGUUGUCACAAAUGGAUCUUUUAAGGCCUGACGAGCUCCAGUUAUGGGAGACUAAAUUUGCGAAAUCCUCAGAACACUCUGGAAUAAAUGAACGCGGUAGAAAGAGUGAAGACAUUAGAAAUCUUAGAAUAAAACAAGCAUCAUUUGAACGUGACUUGAAGAAAUCAUUAUCUGAAACAUUCCUGUCCUCAGGAUCAGUUGAACGGUUUUUACAAUUCAGAUUAGCGGAGGACUCUGAUAGGGAAGAGUUUUAUCGCAACACUUUGUUAAGCAUUUUGAGAUUAUUUUCAAUACAAUCCCUUAACCACUUGAAUUCCAUUGAAAUGGAACUACCUUUUAUUGAAAGACGAGAGUUAAACAAACUCGCCUUUUCAGAUGAGCCUAAAAUUGAUGUCAAAUCCUCCUCUUCUAAGCCUUGGUUUUUACAUAUUGAUAAGAAUUCAAAGCUGGAUCCUACACUAGUUCGUUCAUUAUACAAGAGGAUGGUUUUCCUUCCAGGCCAUAAUUUACCCACAAUUUCUCUGGAUGAAUGCGCCCGUAUUGAGAUGGAAAUGGACGUUAAAACAAUCGGAGUAAAGAAUCGUUCCAAAAAGAAGUAUUCUUCUGAUAACUCUGAAACGGAGUCUGAGAAAUCCAGUGUGUGCACUGACGAGGAGAGGAACUGGGAUGACUGGAAGGACGAUCACCCAAAAGGCCAAGGAAACAAGGACAUAAACAUUGGAUAACUCACCACAUACUAUUUAUCACCAAUAAUUAAUUUUGUGUACCAUA